AUGUCUAAUUUGGUGGGGCUCAUCACGGCACUGAAUGUGCUGGUGUUUCGGUACGGGUGGUACAUGACGCUGGUGCUGACCCUUGGGUUAGAGAAAUUCAUCAGCGUCAAGAACGACAACGACACUCGGAUCGCACCCUUCGACACCGGGACCGACUUCUGGGUGAAGCUGAAGACGAGCCGGGCGGCAACGACCUGCCUUUUUGAAGCCGCCGACACUCUGGUGCUCUACUGCGGGCGCACCCUGGCCUGGAGCUUCAUCGUGUAUCGAGGUCGUGCUGGACAGGCCACUGUGGGUGACGUCAUUGCCUUCACAGGUCGCCGGGGGCUUCUCAUGUACCCUGUCAUGUUUCUCAGCCCCGACACCAGCUCCAAAAUCGACAUGCUCAUCAACGCCAAUCAGCUGAGACGGAUCAUUGCCAUAGAGUCCGGCAUGAAUGAAGCCGGUUCCAGGCUCGAGGUCAGGCGGGAUGGCGACAUUGACUUGCGUAACGAUAUCCAGACGGUGAAGAUCAGCUCCGUCCUCGAACGCACCGGGUUGAUUCCUCAAAGCCUGUUUGUGUUUAACGCCACGGUCAGGCACAAUGUCGCAUAUGGAAACCAGGGUGCCACAGAUGAACAAGUCCACGAGGCCUUUCAAUGCGCCGACAUUCACGACAUUAUCAUGUCGCGUACGAACGAGGACCAGGCGGCCAUGGGGAACAACGGGACGAAUUUCUCGGGUGGGGAGCACCAGCGCCUCAAGCUCGGCCGUCUGUUCCUCAAGGACCCUCGUCCGGACAUCGUGUUGAUCGACGAUGCAACGAGCGCACUGGACGCCGAGUCCGAGGCUUUCACUCGUGAGAGCAUGCGAAAGGAGUUUUCAGGCAAGACCGUCAUCAUUAUAGCGUAG